CGCGGCCGCACGCGCACGCGCGGUUAGCAGUCGCUGCUGCGCGGCCGGCGGCUGGAUUGAGCUGGGGGAGACGCGGGGACCAAGUGGCAGCAGCUCGGACAUCUGAGCUGCCACUCCCGAAAACGGGCCCGCAAGACAGAUAAUCAAUAUGCGUUUCCAAGGCUUUUGGCUAUGUUUGGGUCUUCUUUUCAUCUCAAUUAAUGCAGAAUUUAUGGAUGAUAGUGUUGAGAUGGAAGACUUUCAUGAAAAUUCAGAAGAGACUGAUGAACUCUCCUCAGAGAUUAAAUAUAAGACACCUCAACCUGUAGGAGAAGUGUAUUUUACAGAAACUUUUGAUAGUGGAAGGCUGGCUGGGUGGGUAUUAUCAAAAGCAAAGAAAGAUGAUAUAGAUGCGGAGAUUUCUAUAUAUGAUGGAAGAUGGGAAAUAGAAGAAUUGAAAGAAAAUCGAAUACCUGGUGAUCGAGGACUGGUGUUGAAAUCUAGAGCAAAGCAUCAUGCAAUAUCUGCUGUGUUAGCAAAACCCUUCAUCUUUGCUGAUAAACCUCUGGUAGUUCAAUAUGAAGUAAAUUUUCAAGAUGGUAUUGAUUGUGGAGGUGCAUACAUUAAACUCCUAGCAGACACUGAUGAUUUGAAUCUGGAAAAUUUCUAUGAUAAAACAUCCUAUACCAUUAUGUUUGGACCAGAUAAAUGUGGAGAAGAUUAUAAACUUCAUUUUAUCUUCAGACAUAAACAUCCCAAAACUGGAGUUUUUGAAGAAAAACAUGCUAAACCUCCAGAUGUAGACCUUAAAAGGUUCUUCACAGACAGGAAGACUCAUCUUUAUACCCUUGUGAUGAAUCCAGAUGACACAUUUGAAGUAUUAAUUGAUCAGAUAGUUGUAAACAAAGGAAGCCUACUAGAGGAUGUGGUUCCUCCUAUCAAUCCUCCCAAAGAAAUUGAAGAUCCCAAUGAUAAAAAACCUGAUGAUUGGGAUGAAAGAGCAAAAAUCCCUGAUGCUUCUGCUGUCAAACCAGAAGACUGGGAUGAAAGUGAACCUGCCCAAAUAGAAGAUUCAAGUGCUGUUAAACCUGAUGGCUGGCUUGAUAAUGAACCAAAAUUUAUUCCUGAUCCUAAUGCUGAGAAACCCUUUGACUGGAAUGAAGACAUGGAUGGAGAAUGGGAGGCACCUCAUAUUUCUAACCCAGCAUGUCGGGUUGGGUGUGGUGAAUGGAGCCCUCCCAUGAUAGAUAACCCGAAAUACAAAGGAAUAUGGAGACCGCCAAUGAUAGAUAACCCGAACUACCAGGGUAUCUGGAGUCCUCGAAAAAUUCCUAAUCCAGAUUAUUUUGAAGACAAUCACCCAUUUCUUCUGACUUCUUUCCGUGCUCUUGGUUUAGAGCUUUGGUCCAUGACCUCUGAUAUCUACUUUGAUAAUUUUAUUAUCUGUUCACAAAAGGAAGUAGCAGACCGCUGGGCUGCAGAUGGUUGGGGAGUGAAGAUACUGAUAGAAAACGCUAAUGAGCCUAGUAUAUUCAAACAAUUGAUGUCGGCUACUGAAGAGCGCCCGUGGCUUUGGUUCAUUUACCUCUUGACAGCAGCGCUUCCAGUAGCAUUAAUUGGUUCAUUUUGUUGGCCAAGAAAAGAAAAGAAAAAAUAUGAAGAUGUGGCUUUCAAAAAACUGGACAUAUGUAAACCACAAACAAAGGGAGCACUGGAGCAGGAAGUGAAGGAAGAGAAAGCAGCCCUGGAGAAGCCAGUUGACUUGGAAGAGGAAAAAAAGCAAAGUGAUGGUGAAAUUGUUGAAAAAGAAGAGGAAGGUGAACCUGAGGAAAAGAGUGAAGAAGAAAUUGAAAUUAUAGAAGGACAAGAAGAAGGCAAUAAAUCCAAUAAGUCUGGAUCAGAGGACGAGAUGAAAGAGGCAGAUGAGAGCACAGGAUCUGGAGAUGGGCCAAUAAAGUCAGUACGCAAAAGAAGAGUACGGAAGGAGUAACCUGUAUUCAAGUAUUUUUCACUCCUGAGAGAGCAAGUUGGCAUUCUCAAGUCCGUGUGCCAGAACUACGCUUGAGUCAACCUGCACACCCCUUUUCUACUAUCUAGCAAUGUUAUUCUUUCAGACAUUUCUCUUAAUCUUCUUUUUCAGAAAUGAAAAACCUUUGAAGUUACCUGGUCUUUGAAUUUAGAAUAAAAGAAAAGUGGCACGUUACAUAUCAGAUUUUAAGAGAUUUUUAUCAUUAGAGGUUACACAGUUUUCAUAGUUUGGAGAAAGUUUUGGUUUCUACAGAACAAAAUAAGAUGCAGCACGCUGCUUUACUGCUAUGGGACAAGUCAGUUGUUGGAAUUUCCCCUAAAUGGCUAUACUACAAUAUACCUGGUAGUUCUAUAGUAUAAGUGAGUGUUCUGUUGUACAGAGCUGAUCGCAAUAAAGCUUCUGUAUGGCUGUUUGGUUCUA